GCUCAAGAUGGGCAAGAGGUAUGUGUCCGUCGCGCGGUGCGACUGCGGCGCUUGUCGCCGUGAAUCUUGCAAGCCUCUCAGACGCCCAGCAAUGUGCUGCAGAUGUCUGUGAAAGAUGCUGCGUUGAGCGUGUAUUCAACUGUUCCCAUCCAGGUCUGCAAUACUUCGCUGAGGGCCAAUACCAGGGCUUCCGAGUGAACUAUCUCUCCUUCCGCACGGAGACCUCAACGCCAAGUUUUAAGCUUCGGGCGCAGGAAUUUGAGGCAUGCACCGGCGGGCAGAUCAUUUUUGCCGAAGCACAGAACAUUUGGGAGGAUGCUCUCAGGGAUUUGGGCACCAAGGAUCGGGACGGCCUGGGCAUUUAUCACGCCUACCUCAUGAGCUACGCACACUUUCCGGUGGCCAGCGCCCUGAACAUGGCGGAGGGCCUGGAUGAACGUCUAGUGACCUCCAACCCCGCCCUUCAAUGGGAGACGGUGUUCCCUCAGGUGCAGCAGAUGGGCAAGUACAGGAAGAACAACAGCGAUCGCGUUGAGUUCUUGAUGUAUGAUGGGGACUUCUUCGUGCCAAUUGUCCGAUUGGACUUGCUGGAACGCGACGGCAUUCCCCUGCCGAACACCUGGGAGGAAGCGUUGGCGAUCGCGAAGAGAUACAACAACACCGAUCUCAACGAUGAUGGUAUUCCAGACUUCGGCAUGUGCCAUUUCCCGCGCGACGGUGACGAGAACUGGGACUUGUGGUGGCCUGAGCUUGUCUACUCGAUUUGGGCAACAUAUUCACAGGUGAAGGACAGCCGGCAGGGCUUCAUGUUCGACGUGGGGACGCUGGAGCCGCAGCUAGGCAGCGGCUUCUCGCGGGCCGUGCAGCUGGCGAAGGAGUUCUGGCAGGUGGGGGCUGACGCCUGCGAAAACUUCAUCACAGGCCGCUGCGCUGUGGGCUUUGCGCCUCCCAUGUGCUGGAAAGGCCUUUUUCAGAGCGGCAUUUCGCGGACCGACGCCAAUGGCACGGUGUGGAGGCCAACCAUGCAGGACGGCAGCUAUGCGGAGCCUUACCGUUUCAAGCCCUUCGGCUCCACAGAGAUGGACGUGGCCGGACUGCACGGACUGCAGGAGUGUGGCGAGCCAGCACGUUGCCCACUUGCAGAGGUCAUCCCUCCGCAGGGUCAUCAUGGCAAUGAUCGCGCCUCGGUGCUGCCCGAGUCCCCGCUGGCGGGGAAGCUGAUCAACCGGGCGCCCUUCUUCUGGAGCGGAGGCCUGGGGAUGAUGAUCCGAAAGAGCGCGCCAGCCAACCUGAAAAACUUGGUUUGGGACUUCAUGGUCUACACGAACAGUGCAUACACCUCGGCGCAGGACAUUCCAUCGGGGUGGCUGGACUCCUGGAGAGCAGCCCAGCUCCCGCCUGAUGGCGCGUACUUUCGGCAGGCUGGCUGGUCGCAGGUCGCCUACAAUGAGCACCGCAAUAUCAUGCAGUGGGCCAUGGCUGCCGAGUCCAACGUCGCCCUCAGUCUGCGACUGAAGAGUACCAAGUCCUACACCUACUUGACCCUGGCCAUGGAGAUGAGAAACUUCAUUGCAGGAGAGAUCGACGAGACGGAGUUGAUUCGCCGCGUGGCUGCGGGCUGGAACCAUGCCACAGAGAUGCAGGGGGUCUUGGAUCAGCUGGCCAUUUAUCGGGCUGGUUUGGGGCUCGACGCCCUGCAGGAAUCCGAGCUUUGCCUUUUGCACCGGGACCAUAUGGAUGCGAUGGAUAUCUCCAUUUGCAAGAAGUACCAGCGGACGAAUGAGGAGACCUAUGUGAUUGCACUCAUAGUGGUCAUCAGCUUGCUGGUACUUGCUGCACUGAUGGGCGGCGUUGCCUUCUUCGUGAGCACUGCUCAAGCGAAGCGCCGGCUUUGGAAGGAGAAGGAGGAACAGCUGGAAAGCACCGUUGCCCAAGGUCUUGCCACAGUCAGGGAGCUGGGCUAUCCCAUGGCCAUCCUGCCCGCGAAGGACUUUGCGCGGCUGAGCGGCGACGAGCUGGAGCAGUGCCACGAGGGCCUCCGGGACCUCGGCCUGCUGCGUGUGCUGGACUCCUCAGAGGAGAUCCAGCAGUUCCACGCCAUGGGGAAUCAUAUCGUCUUCUUCAGCUACCACUGGCCAUCCAGCACCCGGCUGGGCCCGGACCAGGUCCAGCGGAGGGCCAUGAACCACGCCUUGGAGCUCUACUCUGACAAAGUGGGCGCGGACAUGGAGAACAUCUUUAUUUGGCUGGACAUCGUGUCGAUUCCACAGAAGCACCGGGGGGUGCAAGUGCUGGCCAUCAACUCACUUUAUGUCUAUGCAUCCUCAGUGGACGCCUUGAUCAUUAUCGCUCCUCCGACGGUCCAGGAGCAGACAGGAGAGAAAUUGGGCCUGGAGAGCUACAAGAACCGCGUGUGGACGCGCGUGGAGCAGAUCGCGCAUCUUUCCGCUCACGGCAUGGAGUCCCUCUUUUUCUACCAGCCCAACGGCCUGGAGCCGGUGGACCUCCGUUGGCUGGAGGACGUGGUGCGGGUCUUUGAUGCGAGCACCACCUGCUGCACUCAAAGGCACCAGCACUUCGGCAAAUGCGACCGCGAGAGCCUGGUGCUGCCGCUCAUCGGCCUCUACUAUCGCGUGGCCGCCGCAGAGCGCCGCGGGGUGGACAGUAAUGAGGGUACUGCCACGCUCUACGAGAUGAUGGAGUCCAAACGGGACAACGUAUUCCCGCGAAUCUUCGAACACGUCUCCGUGGUAAAUGGCCAGGAGGUUCGGAAGAAGAAAGUCCUUUUCGGGGACCUUCUGGAGCGCGUGGAUAAGCACUUGCAGGGCAUGGAUACCGACCUCCUCAUGGAGUUCGUGCGUCACCCCACGGACGUCUCGGUGUCUUCGGCACGGCGCAACACGGGCUUAAUGAGCCCCUUCAGUGGCCGGGGGGGCGUCUGCUCCGCCACCUUGAGCGCCGAUCGGGGCGUCGCCUCGGCCACCCUCAGCGAGCGCACGGCGUCGGUCGAGGCACGCGGAGUGGCGUCGGAGGCGGCGGAGGUUUCAGGAAGCAUCCUCUCCCCCUCGUUGUACCCGGUGAUCCACGAGGACUCCGUUAUCUCUUCGCCUCUCGUCGACGACGAGCAUUUGGAGAUCAUCACGCGGAUGUAGCUCAGGCCGGGGCUAUUUCCGCCAGAGCCGAAGAGCUGUCCAAGACAGAGUGGCCAAGGCGUUUCACCCGUGGUGUCUGAGAAAGUGGGUAAGCAC